CGGACGUGACGUCGCCACGCCUGCUCUCCACCGCGACCCGGCUUUUCAAAUUACAUUUUCCCUCUCGUUUUUUUCACCUCACAACAGCGCAACAAACUAAGGUUACUCGACUGAACACGCGAUAUCCUGCUAAGAUUUCAACAACAACCACUCGGCAGUUGAGCUAAGCGCUCAACCAUAGAGGAGGAGGAAGAACAGAACCCCGUUUUAGUGAAGAAAUGUGCCGACCGCGGGCCCCAAGCCUUACGCUUUUCCUAGUCCGACUGGCCGGGCUUGCUGCGGGGAUGACGGCAGAGACCGGGCCGGGCAGCGGGGUUCUCUACCCCCGUGAGUCUCGGUCCCGCGAGCUGAAGGAGCUGGGAGGCUUCUGGGCUUUCCGGGCGGACGAUUCGCCGGGCAGAGACGAAGGGUUCACGCGGGGAUGGGCCGAGAAAGGGCUGAUGGAGACGGGCCCGGUGCUGGAGAUGCCCGUGCCUUCGAGCUACAACGACGUGACGCAGGAGGCGGCGCUGCGCGACUUCGUGGGCUGGGCGUGGUACGAGCGGCACGCGUGGGUGCCCUCGUCGUGGGUCGCCGAGAACGCCAACCGCAGGGUGAUGCUGCGAUUCGGCAGCGUGCACUACAACGCCAUCGUGUGGGUAAAUGGAAAGGAAGUGACACGGCACGAAGGCGGCCACCUCCCAUUCGAGGCCGACAUAACGGCCAUCGUGCGCUCUCCGGCCUCCACACCAUGCCGCAUCACCGUGGCCGUCAACAACACCCUGACGCCCAGCACGCUGCCACCCGGCAGCAUCGAGUACAUGCGGGACACGCUCAGGUACCCGCGAGGAUACUUUGUUCAAAACAUCCAGUUUGACUUCUUCAACUAUGCUGGCAUCCACCGCCCAGUGCUGCUCUACUCCACGCCGGACGCCUUCAUCGACGACGUCACCGUACUCACCGACUUCUACGACGACCUGGGCGUGGUGAACUACAACGUGUCGGUGGUGGGCGCGGACGAGUGCCAGCUGGUGGUGUCGCUGAGCGACCGCGAGGGCCACGAGGUGGCGAAGGGGGAGGCGAACUGCAGCGACGGCGUCGGCACGCUCAAGGUGGCACGGCCCAAGCUGUGGUGGCCGCUCACGAUGCGCCCCGAGGCGGGCUACCUGUACACGCUGCAGGUCCACGCCAAGUCGCUGGUGAGAGGCGAGCGGCGCGAGGACUGGUACAACCUCCCCGUGGGCAUUCGCACCUUGCGCGUCACCGCCACGCAGUUUCUCAUCAACGGAGAGCCCUUCUACUUCCGUGGAUUUGGCAAGCACGAGGACAGCGACAUUCGCGGCCGAGGCUUCGACUGGGCGAUCCUGGCCAAGGACCUGAACCUGAUCCGGUGGCUGGGCGCCAACUCAUUCCGCACGAGCCACUACCCGUAUGCCGAGGAGCUGAUGGACGCGUGCGACCGUCUCGGCAUCGUCAUCAUCGAUGAGUGUCCAGGCGUGGGCAUCACCCAACCCGCCAACUUUGGGAACGCGUCGCUGGAGCACCACCUGGCGGUAAUGGGAGAGCUCGUGAGGAGAGACAAGAACCGCCCCUCCGUGGUCAUGUGGUCCGUCGCCAACGAGCCCGCCUCUCAGCUGUCCGUCGCAGAGCCCUACUUCAAGACUGUUAUCGAACAUACGCGGCAUCUGGACCCAACUCGCCCAGUCACCUACGUCAUUAACCAGAGCUUCCAAACUGACAAGGCGGCGCAGUACACGGACGUGGUGUGCCUCAACGCGUACUACUCGUGGUACCACGACGCAGGCCACCUGGAGGUGAUCGUGCCGCAGCUGCGCUACGCGCUGGACGGCUGGCACGCCAAGCACGGCAAGCCCGUGCUGCAGACCGAGUACGGAGCCGACACCAUCCCCGGCCUGCACUCGGACCCCCCUUUGAUGUUUACAGAGGAGUACCAGGAAGCCGUCAUGAAGAGUUACUUUGAAGUUUUUGACGAGAAACGUGUCGCAUACUUCAUCGGCGAGAUGAUCUGGAACUUUGCAGACUUCGCAACGCAGCAAGGCGUCACGCGCGUCGUCGGCAACAGAAAGGGAAUCUUCACGCGCCAGCGACAGCCCAAGUCGGCGGCCUUCCUCCUCCGCGAGCGAUACUGGAAGCUAGCGAACGUGACGGUGCCGCACGUGACCGGGUACGGAAUGUCGUCCAUUCUGAGCACAUCGUACCACUAGCGGGAGGGGGGUGGGGAGAAGGAUGGGGGGCUUGGGGGCUUGGUGGAAAUUAACACGUGCUCGAUCUUGCUAUCUCGCUUCUCACGCUAUUGCUGGCACCCAAGGGGUAAUGAGGCGCGGCCGCUGAAGACGCCGGCAAACCCUACCCCAACUCUGCGAACACUCAGACUUCAAUGUGGAACAAAUAAUUUGAAAGUCUCCAUUCAUGCAGUCUGUCUGGUUGGUGUAGGAGAGGUAUUUGCAGCUGAUGUUUUUUAUUCACUUUUUUCAUUGUUGGUGAAUGGGACUAUAUGGAUGUCAUUUUUGUUAAGAGCCACUGAUUAAAAUAAAUCACCGACAACUACUACCAGUGCCUUAGUCAAAAUACUCUCCACUUAUCAAAGGUAUAUUUUGUCAGUGAUUUUUAAGGAUUAAAAACCAAUUGUCAUUGACGAUUUGAAGUUAUUGAGAACGAUAUAAUCGACAGCUUAAUUUUUAUUGGAACAGCUUCGAGGAUUCUGAUUUAUAUUUAAUAACUUUGACAGUGAAUAUCACAUCCAAAAAAUAUGCUGUUUUGUAACAAAUUCUAAUCAUCUACAAGAUAUGACCAGCGCCACUUAAGAGGCAUGUUUUCUUCGCAGUGACUUCACACCAGAGCUGGGCUAUCGGAUUAUUUAAGCAAUCGAUUUCUCUACCGAUUAUCAGUACGAUUGUUCGACUAAAAUCGGAUAACACGACAACAGUUGGGAGAAAUAAACGUCUCGCCUCUUGUUUUUCACGCGUACCGCUGCGAUGGGCGAGGCUUGGCGACAUCAACAUCCAUGUCACGCUGGGCCUGGUGUUUGUAGAGUCGAAUAAUUGAUCAAAAAAGUGAUCCAUUGACCCCCACCGUCCACAGCGCGGCUUGGCACAAGUUUUUUGUGUGUGUCAGGACUCCCAAAAUUGCUGAGCACAUUCCUUUGCUUUCACAGUUGUGAGCAACCAUUGUUUUGUAAAUGAUUUAUUUCAACCUCAAGCGCUUAGGAAUAAAUGGAAUUUAUAAAUGUUUCGGUUGAAAAAAUUAUGCUGCAAUGUUAAAGAAUUGUAUUUUUUUUAUUUAUGAAACAUUGACAAAAUUUCUUAGGAAUUAUUCUCAACAGCUUUUGACGUUUGUUCAAAAACUUGUAACAAUCUUGAUACGUAACAAUCACAUUUUAGAGACAGAAUGUGCAAUUGUAUAACAAAAUGGGAAGUUCAUUUAGUCAUUGUUAACCUACAAAAUAAACAUUUUUCAUGACAUC